AUGGUGGGUUGGAGAAUUAGAGCAAACAUGGAAGAAAUAGACGUUGAAAACCAUUACGCUGGUCAUCCAGCCAUCUUCUCCAUCAGAUUAUUCUAUGGUGGAGAGUUUACGAAGUUUCCUGGAAGGAGGUACGUUAAGGGCAAAGAAAGAUACAUUGAUCUAUUGGACAUUGAUGAGUUUUGUGUGCACGAUAUUGAUGAGAUGAUAGAGACCCUAGGCUGUGUUGAGGAGGGUAAGUUGCUUUAUUACCACUUCAAAAGACCCUUUUCAGAUUUGGAAUUUGGGUUGUUUGCAUUGGCUAGUGACAGUGACAUUAACCAUUUGGGUACAUACGUGGGUCAACAUAAACUGAUUGAAGUUUAUGUUGAACAUGGUAAAACAAAGUUGCAUACAUAUACAAUGUCAUCUACCCCUAGUAAAGUUAGGAUAGAAGAAAUCAUUGAUCAACCUUCUUGUAGUAGAAGGCUUUUUUUGGAAUGGAAGGAAACUGAAACAUGGGAUUGUAUUGGAUCAAGUAAACCAAAUUUUGUGCCAACAAAAGAAACUAAAAGUGCCCAAAUUGAUGCCCAAUGUGAAACACAAGGUAUAUGUGAUGAAUUUGAUGAAUUUCUAAAUGAAUAA